GACAGACAACAGAGGAACCGCCGGAAGUGGGCGGUCCCUCGCGGAGAGACACACAGAGACAGAGCCGUGAACUGUGCAGAGAACUGUUAGGAACUGACUGACGGACGAAUUCGCCUCGUCGGCCGCUCACGCUGGUGGAGACCCAUCACUCAUUUUAUGUAAAACCAAACAAAAAGAGAAGGAGGACAGCACGGUGAAUCGCUCCAGAGAGCUUCAGGGUGUUGAAGAUGGCUGUGUGGAUCCAGGCCCAGCAGCUUCAGGGAGAUGCUCUCCACCAGAUGCAGUCGCUGUACGGUCAACAUUUCCCCAUCGAGGUGCGGCACUAUCUGUCGCACUGGAUAGAGAGUCAGCUCUGGGAUGCAAUAGAUCUGGAAAACCCACAGGAGGAGCUUAAAGCCAAGCGCCUGCUGGACAGUCUAAUACAAGAGCUGCAAAACAAAGCUGAGCACCAAGUUGGAGAGGAUGGCUUUCUGCUUAAAAUCAAACUGGGACACUACGCCAACCAGCUCAAGAGCACGUAUGACCGCUGUCCACUGGAGUUGGUCCGAUGCAUCAAACACAUCCUCUACACUGAGCAGAGGCUCGUCAGAGAGGCUACCAAUUCCAGCUCUCCGGUGGGCGGGAUGAUGGACAGCAUGUCUCAGAAAUACCAACAGAUCAAUCAAGCUUUCGAAGAGCUUCGCCUGCUCACCCAAGACACUGAAAAUGACCUGCGCAAGCUCCAGCACAACCAGGAGUACUUCAUCAUCCAGUACCAAGAGAGCCUUCGCAUCCAAGCCCAGCUGAGCAGUCUUGCAACGCUGCCCCCUGCUGACCGUCAGAUACGAGAACCCAACCUCCUCACCAAGCGAGCCACCAUGGAGGCCUGGCUGACGAGGGAGGCCAACACACUACAGAAAUACAGACUGGACCUUGCGGAGAAACACCAGAAAACACUGCAGCUGUUGAGAAAGCAGCAGACCAUCAUUCUGGAUGACGAAUUGAUCCAGUGGAAGAGGCGGCAGCAACUGGCAGGGAACGGGGGCCCACCAGAGGGAGGCCUGGACAUCCUUCAGUCCUGGUGUGAGAAGCUGGCUGAAACUAUUUGGCAAAACAGGCAGCAGAUUCGAAGGGCGGAGCACCUCAGACAACAGCUGCCCAUCCCCGGACCUAUUGAGGAGCUUCUUAAUGAGCUUAACAGCACAAUUACUGAUAUCAUCUCUGCAUUGGUCACCAGCACCUUCAUCAUCGAGAAACAGCCCCCGCAAGUUCUUAAAACCCAAACCAAGUUUGCCGCCACCGUGCGUCUUCUAGUCGGCGGGAAGCUGAACGUCCACAUGAACCCGCCGCAAGUGAAAGCGACCAUCAUAAGUGAACAGCAAGCCAAGGCUCUGCUGAAAAAUGAAAACACGAGGAAUGACAGCAGUGGAGAAAUUCUGAACAACAAUUGUGUGAUGGAGUACCACCAAACCACAGGCACUCUCAGCGCCCACUUCAGGAACAUGUCUUUGAAGAGGAUCAAACGAUCGGACAGAAGAGGAGCAGAGUCGGUUACAGAGGAGAAGUUCACCAUCCUGUUCGAGUCCCAGUUUAGUGUUGGAAGCAAUGAACUAGUCUUUCAAGUGAAGACUCUAUCGCUUCCUGUAGUUGUGAUAGUUCAUGGUAGUCAAGACAAUAAUGCCACGGCUACAGUGCUGUGGGACAACGCUUUUGCAGAGCCGGGACGAGUGCCUUUCCUUGUGCCAGAUAAAGUGCUUUGGCCUCAGCUUUGCGAUGCCAUCAACAUGAAGUACAAAGCCGAGGUGCAGAGCAACCGCGGCUUGUCGGAGGAAAACCUGGUCUUCCUAGCUCAAAAGGCCUUCAGCAGCUCCAGCAACAAUCCGGACGACUACCGGAGCAUGACAAUGACCUGGUCACAGUUUAACAGGGAGAGUUUGCCAGGACGGAACUUUACAUUUUGGCAGUGGUUUGAUGGCGUCAUGGAGCUCACGAAAAAGCAUCUGAAACCACAUUGGAAUGAUGGAGCUAUUUUGGGCUUUGUCAACAAGCAGCAGGCUCAGGAUAUGUUAAUGUCCAAACCCAACGGCACUUUCCUUCUGCGCUUCAGCGACUCUGAGAUUGGAGGAAUCACAAUUGCAUGGGUGGCAGAAAACCCCAACAAAGCAGGUGAGCGAAUGGUUUGGAACCUCAUGCCGUACACAACCAAAGACUUCUCCAUUCGCUCGUUGGCUGACAGGAUCAGCGACCUCAACCACUUGCUGUUCCUCUACCCCGACAAACCCAAGGACGAGGUCUUCUCCAAGUACUACACCCCGCCACUUUCCAAAGCGGUGGACGGUUACGUGAAGCCGCAGAUCAAACAGGUGGUGCCCGACUUUGCUACAGCUAAUCCAGACCCGGCGUGUGGAAACCCAACCUACAUGGAUCAAGGCGCCUCGCCAGCUCCCGUCAACCACCAUCACCCCUAUAACAUGUACCAAAAUAUAGGAGACCCCAUCUUAGAUGCAGAAGGAGAUUUUGACCUAGAUGACACCAUGGACGUGGCGAGGCAUGUGGAGGAGCUUCUGCGGCGGCCCGUAGAGAGCCAGUGGGGGGGCCAGCAGUCCUGACCCUUUGACUUUUUGACUCGGAGCACCACCAAACAAAUCCUGCCAACAAACUCGCCCCCCUCACAUUGACAUGGUUAUAUUCCAUUCGUCUCUCCUUCUCAUCAUAUUGCUAUAAUGUGAAAUUGUUAAUAAUGGUUGUGAUUUUUUUUUUUUCUUUUUAACAUGAGAGCAUGCAUGUUAGUGAUUUCUUAGUGUUUUUAAAAACAGACUGGGGAAUAUGCAAAACCCACAAUGUUACAGUAUUGCUAAAAAAGAAAAAAAAAAAAGAAGAAGAAGAAGAAGUUCGCAAAGAGCAUGAAUUAUGAAUUGAUUUUAAAUCCAAUCAAAUAUACUACUGUAUGAGGUUAUUUUAAGAGUGGAAUGCUUCACAUUUUCUGCUUUGUAAAUGGGCAAGCGAUGCUUUGACAGUCAAACCGAUGCUGCCCCAGGAUGAAGGAGAAACGUGGAUUUAUUAUUAUUAUUAUUAUUUUUAUUUUGCUUUUGCUCUGCAGCAAGUCAUUGCUCGUCAGUUCUUCAAAUGCAUAUACACUAACCUAAGGGCGGCGGGGCUCUCCGCUCUCUCGCCGCUGACAGCACAGACAUCCGCACACGGUACAUAUGCACGGAGCUCCGGAUUGGUCCGUUCUGAUCUGUUCACCAGCUGCAAAAGGCGAAGGAGUGUAUGCACCUCCCUCGCUCUCGCUCUCUCUCUCUCUCUCACAGGGCUAUCCGUCUUCUGUUUGUACACAGAAAUGCAAAUCCAAGCAUUUACCCAGCAUUCCCUGCUUGUCCUCUCAGGUCCCUGUGCCGCCCCUCUCAUCCAUGCUACCUCGCACUCUUCCGUUGUGGCGUCUGAACCACGUUCUCAUCCGUCGGUACAAUCAAAAGAUGUGUGGAGACGUCCGAUUGGUGGGAAAAGCCGCUGCUCUUACAGAAAAUCUACAACUUUUACUUUUUAAACAUCAAAGUUUUCAAACAACCAGGCGCCUCAGGAAUAAAUUACACAACCAAUAAAGCCAAUUUAAAUAAAUAAAACUAUAUUUAGAGAGAAUAAUAGACUUAUUUUAUCUUUCGUAGGUCUAUAUUUAUUGUUAUUUCCCCCUAAAUGAAUGUAAGCUCUUUAAAUGAAGGUAUACAAAUAAUGAAGUUUAUUUGGCGAUAACAAAAAAAUAAAUAAUUUAUGAUGCAUUUUCAUGUUUUUAUGAAUUCUUCAGUCUUUGCGAUGUUUAAAUAAAUAUGUGUUCAUCUUCUCCUCUUUUCUGUUGUAAAAAUCUGGGCAGUGUUAAUGUGACCCACCGUCCUCCGUUUCCACCGUAGACGUGCUUUUUUCAACGUUGUAGAUGGCGCCGUGUCUCGUUUGUCGUUUGUAUGUUUCAUGGUUGUGGUUUUGGUUUUAUCACUUGGAAGGUUUUUUUUCCGAGGAUCACAGCUGUGGAGUUGAAAGGCAUAAAAUAAAGUUUUAUAAAUAAAUAAAUUCAGGUAAAUCUGA